UUCGUAGUUCAAAUGCCCCAAACGUUUACUUUGGAGGUUAUGUUGUUGUUAAGGAAUUUUUGUACAAAAUAUAAAGGCGGUCAGUUUUUCGACUGUAUAAUUAUUAAACUGCUAUCUUAAAACAGAUUAUUGGUUUGCUAAUUUACUUUCUGUGCAAAUGACAAUCUAAAAUUGCUGUAGCGCAAUAAAAAGGGCGUGAUCGAUUCGUCAUUCGCCUGAAAUUAAGAUGUUUUAAACGCACGUAACCUCCACAAGCUACUGUUAUUCAAAUGACUUAACGAUUUAAUAAAUUCAACGAUUAUAUAAAAUGGGCAAGUGCGCUGAAAUGUGAAUAAUUUCUAAAAUGAGCUUAUUAAUCCUGUUUGUGAUACUGGGGGCUGCUAGUGGUUUAACAAACAACACGUUUAUUGGUUGUUAUAUCACCCAUAUAAGUACUAGCUUGGAUUUUUUAAAAAAUUUCAGUACCAUUGACUGUAUCUCUAAUUGCGAGCGGCAAUUUUAUAGGUACGCAAUUAUUCAAAAUGAGAAGAACUGCAUGUGCAACAACUUCCUCGGGUCGAUUUAUAGCACAGCACAUUGUAAAGAAACUUGCGAGAAUUGCUCGUCGAAAGAUGUAUUGGGCGAUGUGUACAACACUGAAGUUAUAGUGCCUGGGCCACCACAAGAUUUGGAAGUGUCAAAUGUGACGGAUACGACCGCAUUUAUAUCGUGGAAACCGCCAAAGUCAUUUGUCGACAUCGAUUACUACGAGAUAAAGGCGAACGUUCUGCAUACCUUCGCCGGUUAUGACGUAACGAGCCCAGUAUACAGAUUCUCGAAUAAUACAUUUGAAACCGAACGCAAUUUUCAACCUGGCACCAAGUAUAACUUAACGCUACGGGCUGCUUCAAAAUUUGGCAAGAGCGCUGUCGCCUUCCGAAUUUUGGAAACCGCGAUCGGAUUUCCUGAUAAUAUUCCGUCCACACCAAACGUACUGAAGCGUCAUGGUAAAAUCAUGAUCAUACAGUUGUCUCCUGUCGUGAACAAUAAUGGACCAGUUUCUGCAUAUCGCAUUGUUGUCGUAAAUGAAAACAUGAAUCCAAUUUUGCAAGUGGAUAACUUCAAAUCAUACAAAGACGCUAUGGCUGAAGAGGCUAAUUAUUAUAUCGCCGCAGAAAUUGAACCUCAAGAUAUACUUAAAAAUUUUACAGUGGGAGAUGGAAAAACCUAUGGUUCCUAUUAUAAUGCACCUCUACAACCGAACACAAUUUACAGAGUUUUAUUAGGAGUCGUCAGUCGUUAUCUCAAUGUCACGAGAGUCGUUUAUAGCAACACAACUGAUCCAUCCAAUACUUUUGUUACCGUCAGUAUUAUGCCUGCUCCAGAAAGCGAUGACGAAUCUCCGGCGCUUAUUAUUGGACUUUCCGUCGCUAUUGGCUUGUUGAGUUUUUUGCUAAUCUUAGGUAUUGUCGGCUUUUUCUUAUUGACAAGGCGGAUAUCCAAUCGAAGGAGACGUUUGACUGAUGUACAGGAACUCUCCAUUCAGGGACCUAUUAUCGAAGUGGAAAAUUCUGGUUAUAUUCCUGAAGAUGAAAUCAUACCCAUCAACCAUUAUCAUGACUUGAAGCAGCAAGUAUGGAGUAUACCACAGACUUUAAUUAAGUUCGAACCGACGAAUCUCUUAGGCAGUGGAAAAUUUGGACGAGUCAACAGCGGUACCGUACGAAAGGACAGUAAUCUGAUACAGGUUGCUAUAUAUACAAUACCGGACAGGAAAUUGGGGCACGAAAAUAAGCGCGCUAUGCUAAAAGACUUGGAUUUACUUAUACGUAGUAGGCAGCACUGUAAUAUACUAAAUUUAAUUGGUACCUGUGAAACUCCGGACACUUUAUUUGUGGUUUUGGAGUAUGCUUCCACGAAUCUCAAGGAUCUUCUGUUAGGCAGUCGGGACGCUUUACCCGGCCGAUUUAGUAACAUGCAGGAAUCUCAAGCUUUUGAUAUUUCAAUUGGAAUUGCUAAGGGAAUGCAUCAUUUGCAAUCACUAAGGAUUGUGCAUAGACAGUUAUGUGCAAGGAAUGUGUUGAUAACCAACGAUUUUCUUCCAAAAGUUAGUGGUUAUGGUUUAGCACAAUAUUGUAAUCCUAAUAUGGUACCGGACUACACCCGGUGGACUGCCGCGGAAAUAUUCCGUGGCCAUCAACAUGUCUCGAAGAGUGACGUAUGGUCUUUCGCCUGCCUGGUGUGGGAGAUAUGUGUACUAGGAGGAACACCUUAUAGUAGUGUACCUAAUAAUGAGAUUCCUGAGCGGAUAGUGCGUGGCCUUCGUUUAGUACAAAUGAGAUACUUUAGCGAUGAAUUGUAUCAACUAAUGCUCAAUUGUUGGCAGCUGGAUUUAGAUGAGCGCCCAACGUUUCAAGAUCUCAUCGAAACGCUUACAGUUAUUAAAGGCGACUCAAAUUCUCACUUAAAUUUCAAUGUAUAUCCCGAAUUUCAGUACGAACAAUUUUAUCCCAAUAUGGAAAUGGCAGCAAGGACAUUUCAUUGAAGUUACCGUUUCGAAAUCAAUUGAGACACCAAAGUGUUUUUAUUUUCUGUACAGUAUUUAUAAGUAUUAGUGCUCAUUUACUUAAUUUUUACAAAUGAACAAUAUGCAAGUUGAAACAUUCCUUGACAGGCUAAUUUUUUAUACAUUUACGUAGUACCAUAUUUUCAUACUCUUGUACUUGCAAAACUUUUUUUUAAAGAUUUUUUUAUAAUAUAUCAGUUUGAAACUGUG